UACAUGUACACUCGGGCAAAUUAUGGUUCUCCCGGUGCGACUGCCAGUCUGACGCUGCCGAUCGUUCGCCCUGGUGGUCAGUACUGCCUGCGGUGGUUCUACCACAUGUAUGGAUCGGACAUGGGAACAAUGAACGUCUAUAUGUCCCAACCUCUGUAUCCUGACAUGUUAGUGUGGAAUAUAUCUGGAAACCAGGGGAAUCGGUGGCUACCAGCCUCAAUCCAUAUCUCGACCAACGCUAGUUUAUUUCAGGUUCGCUUUGAAGGAGUAAGAGGGGCUAGCUAUACGAGUGACAUGGCGAUUGAUGACAUCAAUAUAGAAUCUGGUUCCUGCUCUUGUCAACCUGACCAGUUUCAGUGUAACAGCUCGGAGUGUGUACCACUCUCAGUGAGAUGUAAUGGCCAUCCUGACUGUGUGGAUUGGAGCGACGAACUAAACUGCAACGUAGACGAGGAAAGCUGGAGUUGUAACUUUGAUACAGAUCAGUGUAACUCCAUGACAACUCCGGCCACUGGUUUUCGAUGGAUUCGACGCUACCGUAAUACCCCAACCUAUGGAACAGGACCGUCAGCAGACCAUACACAUGGAUACGGGUAUUACAUGUACACGGAGGCAGAUUAUGGUUAUCGUAGGUCAACUACUAGUCUGGCACUGCCAGUCAUUCGUUCUGACGGUCAACACUGCCUGCGGUGGUUCUACCACAUGUAUGGGAGGUACAUGGGGACACUGAACGUCUAUGUCUUCCAGCCUAAGCAUCCUGAAACAUUAGUAUGGACAAGGUCUGGAAGCCAGGGAAAUCAAUGGAUUCUAGCUUCUUCUAAUAUUUCAUCAAAUGCUAGUGUAUUUCAGAUUCGCUUUGAAGGCGUUCGAGGCUAUUAUUCAAGUAGCGACAUGGCAAUUGAUGACAUCGCUUUAACGUCAGGAUCCUGUUUGCAAGCGGCUUGUGAUGCAGACCAGUUUGCAUGCUUCGAUGGGAGUUGCAUAUCACUUAACUUGACGUGUGACGGCAAUUCCAGCUGCUCUGAUGGAAGUGACGAGUUCUUUUGUAGCCAAUUAACCACAGCAACUCCCACAACAGCUCCUACGUAUACGACAUCUCCUUCGGGUGGAUGUGGAAACCCAUCCGUACUUACGGGAUUGUCUGGUAACUUCACAUCCCCUGGUUACCCUGGCAACUACCCUAACAACGCCCGCUGUUCUUGGCUGAUAACUGUCAGCUCUGGCAAGUUUGUCACCAUCAGAUUUACAGCGUUCACCUUGGAAGGUUGCCCUUAUGACUCGCUCACUGUGCAUGAUGGGCGGAACGCUACUGCUCCUGUGCUCGCCACAUUUUGUGGUUCAUCAUCUAGAACAAUCACCACUACUGGGAACAACGCCUUUCUGAUAUUCAAGAGUGAUGGUUCAGUGACGAGGUCGGGAUUUUUUGCAACCUUCACUGCUGAGGACCCCCCGCGUACAUGCUCUCCCGAUGAGUUCACAUGUUGGGACGGGGAUUGUGUCAACAUGACACUUAUCUGUGACGGCACCGAGGACUGUGCUGAUGGGAGUGAUGAAAUCAAUUGUGAGAACAUUGGUUCGAAGUGUGGUGUUCCAGCCAUCCAACCAACCUUCCCCGUCGCCCGUAUCGUCGGCGGUAACGCUGCCCGGCCGGGUAGCUGGCCCUGGCAGGCUUACUUGUUACGUUACGGGUCCUUCCACUGCGGGGGGAACCUCAUCCAUCCCCUCUGGGUCCUAACAGCUGCUCACUGUGUAGCAAAUGAGCCAUCGCCGAGUAUUUACAACAUCAUCCUGGGCAAGUACAACAAAUCCAAUACCGAUUCAACAGAACAACGCCUGCAGAUCUCGCAGAUUAUCAUUCACAAUGGAUACAGCAGAAACCCGACAAACAAGGAUCUGGCCCUGCUGAAGCUUGCCCAGCCGGUGACACUGAACCAGUACGUGUGGCCUGUCUGUCUUGUCUCGGGCCCUGGAGACGAUCCCCCCGAGGGAACCAACUGUGUCAGUACGGGGUGGGGAACUACCCAAGGGACAGGAAACGAUGACGUCCUGAAGCAAGCCCGCAUUCCAUUGGUCAGCAAUGAUAGAUGUGACAACUCCUACUUGUAUGCUGGAAAGAUCACUGAGUUUAUGAUAUGUGCGGGUUACUACAAUACUGGAGGCCAUGGAACCUGUUCUGGUGAUUCUGGUGGCCCCCUCGUGUGUCUGACUGACGGGAGAUGGACCCUUCACGGUGUGACAAGCUGGGGGGCAUCAAACUGCGUCUCUCGUUCCCACCCCGGAGUGUACGCCAGGGUCAGCUCUAUGCGCGGCUGGAUACACCAAACAAUGGAAGAGAACUAAAGAAAAAAUCCUCCAUCGCUCGAUGUUCUUUUCACUUAUGUGAAUAGAGAAAUCAAAGCUAUGAUGUUUCCCGAUAAGUCAAUUGCAUAGUAGAACGCACCAUUUAUUAAAGCUAUGCUGUUCUAAGAUAAGUUAGUUAAAUAAACUAACGCACCAAUUAUUAAAGCUAUGCUAUUCUAAGAUAAGUUAGUUGAAUAGAAUAACGCACGAAUUAUCAAACCCAUGCUGUUCUGAGAUAAGUCAGUUAAAUAGAAUAAAGCACCAUCUAUUAAAGCUAUACUGUUCUAAGAUAAGGUGAAUAGUCAAACGCACCAUUUAUCAAAGUUGCUCUGUUUGAAGACACUCGUGUUUACAGAUAUUGUAACUAAUCUGUCUUAGGACCGUUGCAGAUAGUUGUAUAAGUAUUAGUCAAAAAUAAUAGUAAUCUAAAUGCAUCGAUAGAUAAUAGAUAUCGAUUUGCGAGUAAAAUCUGUUGCGAAUUUAGAUGAAGAAAUUAUCAUAUAGUACCAAUAAAACGCAUUAGCUAUCACUAAAAUACAAGAAUUGUCGAGCCAUAUGUACUACUUAAAAUAAUGCCCAUAGGUCUUCUUUAUUUAGUACAAUCGCUUUAUGUAUUUGAAUAUAUACUUUAAGCUGAGUUUAAGUUUAGGGCGUUGCCUUUUCAUCAAAAAGACAGCUUUGCUAGCAUGCUGCUACAGCAUAUUAGAUAUAUAACUAUAUAUAUAAACAUAAUUAAUGAUAAUAAAAUGUAGUUGAGGCUUAGCUUGUAGGUGGGUACUUUGUUAGAUACUUUGGCUGGGGAAGAAAUGAAAUAAACUAUCAUAAAUAUCAUAACUGCCUUGAUUUUGAUUCGCUUUGAUAUAUUGCGUGAGAAAGGGAGCUUAAGAAAAUACUAUAAUUGCAACAAACUUUUGGGGUUGUUAGUUUGUUAGGUUGUUAGAAGCCUGAGUGUUUCAACCUGAAUGUCCUGAAGUUAGAGCUUAGCCAGUGAAGAGAUGGUAAAAGAAAAAAAGGAUUAAUGAGUCAAAGGCAUUUGCCUAAGAAUGAACAAUAUCAACGUCUACUGUG